CGGAAGAAGCUCCGUUUAGGUGACGUCGCAUGUUGUUGUCCAUGAUGGCGUCGUCCACAGAGCAGAGUCUCCUGGAGCUGUCUGAUAAGGAAACUCGGGAGAAGCUGUCUCACUGGGACCGUCGCGGGGAUCCGAUGGCUCCGUUAACGGAGAAACAGACGGACUCGGUGCUCGAGAUGCGCGCAGCCGCAGAAGUCACGCCUCUCCCAGCGGAGCUGCCCAUCGAGGACAUCUGCAGCCUGGCGUCUCGCUCCCUGCGCUCCACGUUCACAGCGACUCUGCCCGAGUCCACGGAGGAGGUGCUCCUGCAGGGCUUUCAGAUGCUGGAGCUGGAGAACGAGCGGAUCCAGACGGCUCAGCAGUUUUUUUCCUGGUUCUCGAAGCUGCAGGUUCAGAUGGAUCAGGAUGAAGCUUCAAAGUACAGGAAGACCCGGGAUGUUCUGAGCGGCUGUCAGGAGCAGUGUGACUCCAUCCUGAACGACGUGAACGCUGCGCUGGAGCACCUGGACUCUCUGCAGAAGCAGUACCUCUUUGUGUCCACUAAAACUGGAACGCUUCAUGAGGGAUGGGAUGAGAUCAUGUAGUGGAGGUCAGAGCUGGUGGAUCUGGCUGAGAGCAUCCAAGAGAAGCUCUCAUAUUUUAAUGAACUGGAAAACAUAAACACGAAACUGAACUCGCUGACAUUGUCAGUGAACAGCGAGGGAUUCAUCCCGAUGCUUUCCAAACUAGACGAAUGCAUAGAAUACGUCUCAUCACACCCGAGUUUUAAAGACUACCCAGUGUAUCUGUCCAAAUUCAAGCAGUGUCUGUCCAGAGCCAUGCUCCUCAUCAAGAGCCACACGGUCAGCACCCUGCAGAACCUCACGGCUCAGCUCACCAAAAGGGACCCGCUGGGCGCUCCGAACGCAGACAACGCCUUCACUCUCUAUUAUGUGAAGUUCAGAGCAGCGGCACCCAAAGUUCGGAGGCUCAUUGAACAAGUUGAACAGCGGUCCAACAAAAUCCCAGAGUACCAGCAGCUGCUGGAUGAGAUUCAUCAGUGUUAUCUGGAGCAGAGGGAAGUUCUGCUCAGUCCCAGUAUAAACUCCACCUUCACUGAUCUCACCACCCAGAACAACAAAGAUCACUGCGCUCUGGUGCGCAGCGGCUGUGCGUUUAUGGUCCAUGUGUGUCAAGACGAACACCAGCUUUACAACGAGUUCUUCUCCAAACCCUCGUCCAAACUGGAUGAGCUUCUGGAGAAGCUGUGCGUGUCUCUGUAUGACGUCUUGAGGCCUCUGAUCAUCCACGUGGUUCAUCUGGAGACGCUGUCGGAGCUCUGCGGCAUCCUGAAGAACGAGAUGCUGGAGGACCACGUCCAAAACAAUGUGGUCCAGCUGGCAUGUUUUGUGUGAUUGUUGGGUGAGUUGCUGUAGGUGGUUCAGGUGAGUUUGGUUUGAAGGAGUGGUGUAUACAUCCAGACGGACAUCACCGGAUACAAGCCUGCGCCCGGAGACCUGGCCUACCCCGACAAACUCCAGAUGAUGGAGAAAAUCGCUCAGAGUCUGAAGGAGGAGCAGAUGAAGCUCUGUUUUUGUGAAGUUCUUUUUGUGGAGUGUGGUUGUAGGAGGUUGAUCUGUUCUUUCUCUGACAUCCGAGUUUAUACUGCAGAGUUUCUUGUGAUGUUGUUUAUGGCAUUUGGACGGACGCUCGUGUGUCUCUCCAAACUCUACCGCUGCAUAGACAGGGCGGUGUUUCAGGGUCUGUCACAGGAAGCUCUUUCUGCCUGCAUCCAGUCUCUCCUCAAAGCCUCUGACAUCAUUCAGAAGAACAAGACUCAAAUAGAUGGGCAGCUCUUCCUUAUCAAACAUCUCCUGAUCAUGCGCGAGCAGAUCGCCCCGUUCCACGCCGACUUCGCCAUUAAAGAGAUCUCUCUGGAUCUGAGGAAGACCAGAGACGCUGCUUUCAAAAUCCUCAACCCCAAGGCUAUGUCCAGCUUCUUCCGUCUGAACAGCCAUAACGCGAUCCUUGAGUUUCUGCUGGAGGGCACGCCGGAGAUAAAAGAGCAACUACUAUCGACCCCUCGACGAAGAAAGAAGAAGAACGACGUCUCGAAGAAAGACGUGGACCGGCACCUGAAGUCCAGCUGUGAGCAGUUCAUACAGCAGCAGACGCACAUGCUUGUGGGAAACCUGGAGGAGUUUCUCACCAAGGUAGCAGCUCUAAAGACGAUGGCUGUUGAAGGAGGACCGACGUACAACCUCUCACAGCAGCCCUGGGCUCAGCCGGCCAAAAUGAAUGACAUUGUGAUGGCCACCUACCGCAUACUGAAAAACAAGCUGCCCAGCACCUUACAGAGCAUAUAUCCAGUCAAUCACAUGCUGUUUCAGAACAACGUCCAGCAGGUGUUCCAGAGACUGCAAGCGUUACUGCAGGAGGAGUACAGCGGCGAGGACCUGCAGAUCAUCGCAUGCCCCUCCAUGGAACAGAUAAACCUGCUGCUGUCUGUGAAAUAGCUCUGGACUCAGUGGAGGGUGAAGUUCUUUCACACUUGGACCACGCCAGCAUUGGGAAAAGAG